AUGUCGGGAACUCGAACGCAAGUUGCAGACUCGUCGACGUCGCCGCCGCUGAAUGAGAAUCGUCGGCUGGACUAUUCGGGGCUGAAGUUCACGUACGUGGAUGGUUCAGAUGACGAGGGGCCGUCCAUCACCUCGGAGCUACCGUCGUGUGUGUAUGCUGCCGCUCGGAGCCGCCUGCAGUUGCCGCUAGCGGCCUACGUCCAUCAGCACACCAGACAGUUACAUACAGAUGGGCUCUUGGACACAUCAAUGGACUCAGAAUACCAGUGCGGUGGAUCUCCAUACCGCGUGCAGAGGGCCGCAGCCAAUGUGAGGGAACGACGGAGAAUGCUGAGGUCCGGACCCAAUGGCAGUAUAAACUCGGCGUUCGACGAACUGCGGGUGCACGUGCCUACCUUCCCCUAUGAGAAGCGGCUCAGCAAGAUCGACACGCUUCGCCUCGCUAUCGCUUACAUCGCUUUGUUGCGAGAGGUUUUAGAUGCAGACUACGAUCCAUUGACUUACGUAGAGAAAUGUCUCCGAGGCGAGAUCAAAGCAGACCGUGCUCAUUGGAAUACGAGCGAUUUAACGGCUAGAUUGUCAUGGAUCAAUUGGGAGAACCUCGGAGUAAAUCCGCAACGCCGGAGUGUCCUGACUUCUUUAGCACUGAGCUCCGAAAACCUUCAAUAUCCCCAUAACUGAUCAGAAUUAGUAGACCCCAUUUCCUUUCGUCUCGGUUAAUAUUUGUGUAUAGUAUCAAAAUCUAAUAUAUCUCAUAUCUUUACAAACUAAGUAGGAAGACAUUUCUUUGUAACUCUGUCGACAGAUUUUCUGGUUUUCUCGUGAUUGUGAUUUCCAAAUGGUCAACGUCCCAGUUGGGAGGGCUGCAUUAUAGCAUGAUUAUAGGCAUUAGUAGAUUUCUUUUUUUUUUAUAAAUAUACGAAAUUUCUUCGAAGCAUUUGGUAGCCGUGUAUCUAGGGACUAGGAAUCUCUAUUGUCUUCCACUACUUUUAUGAAUUAAGUAUACGGCAUCCACUCUUUCUUAAACAUAGUUACCUACUUACUUACUGUAAUCGAUUUUAUUUCUUAUUUAUUAUGGCAUAUCUUUUAAUUCACGCACCUUCUCUAAGCUAUCUUCUACAAUCUAUAUUAUCGAAAUCCAUAUAAAUGUUAAAAUGUAUCAUAAUAAAAUAUCUAAAAUAAUAUAUCUAUUCAAUUACAAUUACUAGACUAAGCAUAGUAGCAGGGUUAAUUCAUAGUAUUUUUAUAGUGGCUGCAAUUAAGUUGAAUGCAUAUUUUAUAAGUGCAAUAGACCAUGUUAAAUUUAAAAUAUAGGUAUUCCUACCAUACAGGCAGAUACAACAACACCAAAUAAUUAUUAGAAAAAAUAAUUUAAAUAAUGGAACUUUUUUACCAUAAUACACCUAGUUAAUCAAAUAAUAAUUAAUCACAUGGAGCCAUGAAUAUUAAGUAGGUUUAUUUUAUAAUAUUAUUAAACACUAAUAUAUAACUAUGUAUUUUAAAACUAAUCCAGUUAUAAACUAAAAACCAAUAAUUGAACCUAAUCGAUCCGAAUAAUUAAAUUAUUAUUCAGUAGGUAUUUUAUGCGUUUUUAAUAGUAAUAUUAAUAAUUACAUACCAAAACUUCCUACCAUAAUAUUUACAACCAGGGCUUCCCAGUUACCUCAGACUUUAUUUUAAGUGCAAUUAGCCGAAAGUAAAAUAACUAAGGAAUAUAAAUUCAUACCGCGAUGAUAAUAUCACUUGCUCGCUACCUGGGAACUGAUAUCUUCUCGUCUUUUCAUAGGUAAGUAUAUUUUUUCUUAUUCCUACAUCUACUUAAAGUGAUUGGACAACUCUUAUUAUGUUUAUUUAGCCUAUUUAGGUACAUUAGAAAUUGAACUAUCAACUAUGUAUUUAUUACUAUCUAGCAUUUUCAAUCGCUAUUAUGUAGCCUACAUAUUUACUGUCGUCUCCGUAGAAAAAUACUAUAUGGGUACCUAUGGUGCAAGGGUGGUAUCUACUCGAAUAUUCUAUAUAGUUUGCCAUUUAGUCGUAUAACGUACACAGUACCCUAAUAUUUUUUACUGCAUAGCUGGUAUAUUGCUAGGCUCACUGGUAGUGACUAAUGAUAGAAGUGAUCAACCGUUUUAAUUCUACCUCAGUCUCAAUUUAGAACCAGUAAUGUCGAACAUUCUUUUUUUUUACUUUAUUCAUAAUAAUAUGGUGUUCAUAGAACAUUGGAUACUCACGACUUUUAAGAUAAGUGUGCCUAAAUAUAAUAAAAAUAGGAUAAUAUUUCUGGGAUUACACAAAGUCUACAAAGUAGCCCUUUUACUGCCAUCUAGUAGUUGUAUAGAUACUCUGCAUGUUAGUAUUUAGUGACGUUCUUAAUUUCUCUAUACUUAAUAAAGUAAUUUCUCAUAUACUGGACGAUAUGAGUCAAAGUUAUCAGGGAGCGUUCAAGUAAUACG